AAUAAAAACACUUACGCUAACCUCAAGCUAUGCAAUACGAGUAUAAAUGAAUUUGUCAAAGUGGUGUCACCUGCUGUCAAAGUGGUUAUCUUUUGUGUUGAUGAAUCAUUAGCGCCGCCUAGUGGACCACAUUCCAGUACAUACCAAGUGGGGAAAAAAUAAAAGAAAGAACUGAUAAAAAUGUAAGAAUGAAAGAAGAAAAAGAGGAAAAAAAAUACACACGAAAGAACUGAAUGAACACACUCCGAACGUCAAAUGAAUUUUAAGAUGAAGACGAUCGAAUGCAUAUGGCGUCGUAAAUAUUUGAAGUAAAAUAGUGUUGUAUUUGCUCUUGUGAUUUUGUGUUUUCCGCUGUGCCUCAACAAACUUAUUGUGAUAAUAAUAAAAUCAUGCAUCCGGUAGGGCAGCGUAAGUAUAUUUGAAAAAGGAAAAAAAAUGAAAGGAACAAUUGGAAAACCGAAUUUUUAUUUCAUUCGGAUAAACAAGGAAGAAAAUGUGCGUGAACAUCGACAGCAAAGAAAACGAAUAGCAAAUAAAAUUUAUAUAUUGUGAAUUUGAAUGUGUACAAAAAAUAAAAAGUUUCGGUAAAAAAAAAUAGUUUCAUAAUACGGUGGUUCGAUGUGAAUUAUUCAUUUUACUUUGGUGGUGCCUAAAAAACGACGAGACGAUGAACAGCAACAGCAGCAAAAAAAGAAAAAGUUCAUACUAUGAUUCAAAUCACGUCGGAUGGAGACGUCGUCAAAAACAGAAUGAAGCUCAUAAUCGGAAAAUGUUAGCAAAUAAUAUGAAUGAGGCGAGUAUGUCGUCAUCGUCAGCAACAGCAUCAAUCGCUUCCACAUCCGAUAGCCAUGCGAAUACAGUUGAGUGCCAAAAAACAACAAUAACAACAACAACACACAAGGAAUCAAGUCCUCCAAAUAACUUCAACAAUUCUAGUAGUUUAAAAUAUUUACAUAAAAAGUUCAAACGUGUCGCAAGCGCAGUUAUAGAAGAAAAUGGGAUAAAAAGUGCACAUAAUGCUCAGCUGCCAAACGACGAAGCAGAUCUCGACAUAUCACAAAGUACUAGUUCCGAUCUCGAAUUGAGCAACAGCAGUGAAACUGCCAGUUCUGAUGUUAUAAGUCGAUCAACAACGCCUAUGGAAGAGUCGCACAGUAGUUCAACUGUGCCACAUGCAGCUCUAAAUUUUUCAUCAUCAUCUCAAGGGCAUUCAGUGGCGCAUUCGAUAGCAUCGUUGGCAGUGCCAGAUAGACCAUACAAACCGAAAUUUCAUAAAGCCGUUUACUAUCAAAACAAUAACAACAGUAACAACAAUAAUAACAAUACCAAUUCAAAUUCCAUAUCACAAAUCGAUGAUAGCAGGCCAAAGGCUCUUAUCAAAACCAAACCCAUUGAAAUGGUCAAUGAGAAUACGAUGAUAACGCAUUCACCAUUGUCAACGCAAAGUGUCGAGUAUUUGAAGGAGCACAUUUCGAAAAUCAUAUCACAAAAUGAAGCGAUUAUGGAAGGUGUUGCGCCAGCAUUGCAAAAGAAAUAUCACAAAAUAACGGGAAUACCUCGUGGCAUAAAUUCAAAUGUAAAUAAUGCGAAUGAAACACAAACGACCCAAACGUGGUCAGAAUCGACAUCAUCAUCAUCAUCAUUGCCACUGCUACCGCUUCUACAGAGUCCAGACGAAAUGCUUUUAAAAAUAAGCGUUCCACAUGAGGCCAAAUCAAUUGGAUCGAUAAAGACGAAACCAUUUCCAACAUUACAGCAACAAGCACAACAAGCUCUCAAAAAAUCAUCCCCACCAAAUCGAACGACAUCCUAUUCUGUUCUAAAUUUAUCAUCCGAUGCACAACCAUUGAAUUUAACAAAUUCAUCACGCGAAUCACAACGAAAGAAAUCCAUCGGAAAUGAUUCAAUACAUUCGGGUAGUCCAGUUGCGUCCACAUCCAGUCAAUCUGAAUCAAAUGCGGCCAUUCAAGGUGGCAGCAGCAGCAGUGGUGGUGGUGGUGGUACAUUCUAUGAAAAUCAUCAUCCACAAAAUCCCGAACGAUCAAUCAUAAAAUCGUUGCUAUUAAAUUCACGCGGUUUGGCUGUGCCGACGGCAGGCGAAGGUGAUGAUGCCAUAUACAUUUGCCCAUUAUGUAAUAUUUCAUUUCGAAGUGCGGAUAAUCUUCAAUACCAUACGAAAUGCUAUUGCCAGGGAACGCCACAAGUGUCUUUAUCAUUAUCGGCUCAAGCCAAUGGUAGUCCACAAAGUGCCCCCAUUAGUCCAGUUGGAUCGCCAUCACACAAAUACUUUCGAUCGAAUUCAUUUAAUUUAUAUCGACCGGAAAAAUAUAGUCCAAGCACAUUGGCCAAAUUGGCCAGUUCUAGUAUACGACAUCAUCGUACACCAUUAUCAUUAGCCAAAUUGGCAGCACAACAAGCGGCUGGUUUGAGUUUAGGUAAAAUACAAACAGUUGCAACGUCCGUUUAUCCGGCGUCUGCAUCGUCUAGUCGUAGCGCAAUGGAAAAUUUUAAAUCAAGUGCCAGUAAUAGAUCAACCUCACCGUCUUCAUUUGGUAAUUUUGCCACCGAAAUGCAAUCAGUGUCAUCACAAUGUGUACAAAUAACCAAACAAUUGAUGGAUGCAUCGUUGCCAUCGCCGGGGCCAUUGCUUGGUAAAACACGGCUCGUUGACCAUUAUCAAUCGCGAACACCAAACAAAUCAAAAGAGACUGCCGGCAAAAGUGAUAACACUGCAGUAUCCGCAACCGAAGGCGCUAUCUCAUUGAUCGAUUCAAAUAAAACGACACCAUCGAAAGAACCACCGUCAAGGCCACAGGCAUCAUUUUCACCAUCAUCAUCGUCGUCAUCCUCAUUACAGACAACCGACGAAUUAUUCGCAUCGAGAAAUCAAAAACUGUUACAAAUGUGUGGCGGUGAAAUAAAAAUUGUUGAAAAGACCGUCGAAAAAAUUGCGCGCUUUGGAUCGUCAGGUGGUUCAAUUGUUUCGAUUUCAUCACUGUCACCUGACUCAAUACCCGAAAAUAGUCCACUUAGCAUUCGUACUGGUCUUUUAUCAGGCGGUUCAAUCAUUGAAUCACCGAUUACAGUUAAACGAAAAACAAGCACUACUACCACCACCAAUGUGGCCAUAAGCCCGGGAAAUAUUCAACAAACCAUUCUUCCAUUAUCAUCUCGUUUAGCUAAUAAUCAAAAUUUAAUUUCAAAUUAUUUCCAAUUUCCACCGCCACCAAUUAAUUCAAUUACCGCCUAUAAUCCAUUAACGUUGCCACCAAAACAACCCGAAUUCAAUUCGGAUCUUCCAGCGGCCAUCGAAGCUACAAAAAUUAUGCACGGAGGUAAAAUCAUUCCAUUUGUUCCCGGUAUUCCUGGACCAAACUCAUUAUCUGCAAAUGCUCCACUAUCGCCAAUUAUUCCGUCAAUGAUAACGGAAAAAUGUUCGGACCGUAUCUUUAAUCCAAGUCAAAAUCCAAAUAGUUUUUAUAUUGGUAAUAUGUCGACGGGCACGCCAUCAAUUCGAUCGAUAAAUCUAUCGAUAUCAUCAGCUGUCAUAAGUCCAGCAUCAGUUGUAGUACACACAGCAAAACAUUCAAAAUCACCGGAACCAUUAUCAAAAAUCCUAAAUAUUAAAUCACAUUCGUCUUCCGAAUAUCACAACAAUGACACAAUCGCAAAUCAUCCGCAUAAUCUUGGUGCAACGCAACAGCAACAGCAUCAGCAACAGCAACAGUCACCGCAUAAUGUAUGGCCAAUAAACACAAGUCGUGACAGUAGUCAUACGAUUAGUGAAAAACCAUUUAAUUUUAUGAGAAUUGCUGAUAAUUUGAGUCCGCCAAAAAUUCGUAUCGAUGUCGGUGGUGGCGGUAAAUUACAUGGAAAUUUAGAAGUGAGCUCAACCAAUUUAGAUAAAUUAAAACCUCGACAAAAACUAUUAGCUCAAGUUGUCGAUGUAUCACCGCUUCAUAUAAAUGUUGAAUGUGCUUCGACGGCAUACGAACCAUUGCAAUCGAAUAUUCGAAAUGAAAUGACACCAGAAAAAGUGAAAAUGCCAUUAAACGUUUUGGAUCAUGACAAAGUCGUUAAACAAACGAAUAAUUUUUUACGUCCAUCUAGUUUGCCAUUGAAACCUGGUACAUUUACACCGAAAAAACACCAUGGCAUCACACCAACCGCAAAUACAUUACCACUCAUUUCACCAGAAACACCACGACCAUCGAAAAAUUGUGUUCAACUUUAUUUAAAUGGGCAUGCAUACACUUAUCUUGGUUUGAAAUGUAGCACAAAAACGUUUUACUGUACACUUAAUCGGCCGCAACCAGUUUAUGCUUUGUUUGUCGGUCGACCGGAACUUUCAAUGUACAGCAAUUGGCAAACGUGCGCCGAAAAUAAUCCACAUCCAUUGGGUUUCUCACCAAAAGAAGUGAUGUCACUGUACGAUUCGCGACAACGUACCCAUACCAAUUAUCAAGGAUGCAAAUUUACCACAUCAAAUAAAUUGACAAUGAUUUGUGCACCAUCCGAUAAAACACAAGACUCACUCAAAUUAAUUGAUACAAAGGAACAUUGCAUUCGACUAAGUGGCGAAACCGACAAUCAACUGACGACGUCUAAUGUCACCGAGCAGGUGAGCAUUUUGGAUGAUACGGUGGCAAACGUGAGUGAUGUACAAAAACUAUCGACCGUACCUGGUGGCUAUAAGAGCAAUGAAGACUAUACUUAUGUUCGGGGUCGUGGCAGAGGACGUUAUGUCUGCAUCGAAUGCGGAAUGAGGUGUAUUAAACCAUGCACACUGAAAAAACACAUUCGCACGGUUCAUAGUGAUGUUCGGCCAUACACAUGUCGACAUUGUAUGUUUAGUUUUAAAACGAAAGGCAAUCUCACCAAACACAUGGAAUCAAAGGCACACUACAAAAAGUGUCUGGAAAAAGGUAUCAAUCCUCAAACACCAGCCGAUGACGGUGCUAAUCCAGAAGAAGAUCAAAUGAAUACAUCGACUGACCAACAUCUACCACCAACAAAUGAAGAUUGCGAUACCGUUUCAGAUGAUUAUUCGGAUGGAGACGAAUUGGAGAAUGAAAUGGAAAACGAGAUUGAUAGCAGUGAUAAUGAAGACGCAAAAUUACCGGAUCAUGAAGCAGCUCAUUGUCUAUUGUCAUUAUCACAGCGAUCACCAUGUGAAGAAUCGCAUGUAUCGCCAAAAUCGCUGGUUCCAAGUCAACCAACCACAUAUCCGUAUGUUCAGAGUGAUUUAACAACAUCGCCAAAACAUCAAACAACAAAUAAACAGGAAUUUACAGCAAACCAACAUGAUGGUUUUAUCAAAAGUGACUCAGUCAUAUCAAAUGUAUGUGUAAAUCUAUCAUCAACUGAAACAAGUGCAACAACGAGCACUAAAAUACCAACCGAAAUUAAACCAAAACGUGUUAACAUGAAUGCGGACGUUAUUGAUUUGAGUAAACCGCGAAAUACAACCAUUUCAACGGAGCUCAAAGAAAGUUUAGAAAGUAAAUCAAUCGCCACGAAUACCGUUACCACCGUAACCGCGACCACCACCUCCACCACCACAUCAACAACACCAACUUCAUUGCAUAAUGCUGCCGAACUAUUAAAAUCAUUGAUGACACUGAGCGAUAAAGUGCCAGCAAUGUCAUCGUCACCGUCAUAUGAUUUAAAUUUAACUCCGGUUAGUUGUAAUGGACAAGAGCCAACUCUCACCAACAACAUGCUAUUACAAACAUAUUUAACGGAGAGAGCAUUGCAAAAGUCAAAAAUGAAACUUAGUCAAGUGCAUACGCUAAAUGCAUUCGAUGAAAAACCGUCAAAUAAAUUUUUCAAAGAAUCUGGCAGCACUUUCUUUAUGCUAUCAAAGAAAUUAGAUCAUAUUGAUAUCAGUCCAAAGCCAAGGUCAAUGAUAAUGACCAAUUUGGAUUCCAAAUCAAUUGAACUAAGACGACAAAGUGUGGCCGAACGUCUACCAAAUGACGAUCAAACAAUGAAAGACGAAAAGGCAACAAUUCAAUCGAACGAAAAAAGCGUGGUCACAAAUCAAUCGAGUUGUGAAAAGGAUGAUGUUAAAGUUGAGCUUCACAUUACAAAACCGACCGAUGAAACAGUUGAUUUAGCCAAAGGUAUCAAUGAUCAAUCCGGCAUGGAUACAUUGGCCGAAAUUGCUGCAAAUUCUGUUAAAUUGGAUGCAUCAAAAGCAACAACAAUAACGACAAUGACAACGACGAUGACAGCAACAACGUCAUCAUGUGAGGCAAGUGUUGUCGUUACCAUGUCUAAUCAUGAUGCGAUUAAUUCUGUGCCAACCACAUCGACGAAACCACCGACACAAUGCGAAUCAGUUUCACAAAAAGAAAUUAGUGCCAAAAAUAUUGCGUCCGAGUACCUGAAAUUGGCCAACGAACAGGAUAAUGCAAUUGAUGAUAGCAGUGCAUCGUCUGAUUCGGAUGCUGUGACUGACAAUGGAAAUAAACAAAUGCGACGAUUAUCGAUGAUGUCAUUGUUAUCGGGACCCGAAGUGCUCAUGUCGGCCCGUACGGUUGUUGUUGGUGAAGAUGGUUUUAAAAGUAAAUCAGCAAAUUCAAGUGAUUUGCCAAUGAUUGCAAUGCCACGAGGAGCUUCAACAAAUAGUACCACACGUGCAAAUAUUGCAUUUAUUCAAGAAGAUGGUGGACCAUCGAAAUGUACGAUUUGUGGUGUUAGCUUUCCAAAAAGUCAUCAAUUGGUAUUGCACAUGAAUAUUCACUACAUGAAUCCCGAACGAAAAUUCAAAUGUAAUUUGUGCGGUGUAUAUUUUCAAACGCAAAAUCGUCUGCAACGGCAUAUGCGUGACAAUAAGUGCCAAAAAUUGAAUGUUGUCGAAACGCAAGGAAAUUCAACAAAAAAUAAUCCACGACCAUUUGAAUGUUCGGAUUGUAGUCGUGCGUUUCGUAUUCAUGGUCAUUUGGCCAAACAUUUACGAUCAAAAACGCAUGUUCAACGUUUGGAGAAUUUACAAAAAUUACCGUUCGGCACGUAUCAAAUGAUUGAAGAGGCUCGCAUAAAUUUAACCGACAUCGAUACAACCGAUUGUGAUAAUUCAUUAGCCAGUUUAAAAGCGUUAGCGGAAAAACUUAAAGUUGAAUCUGUAUCGCCGGAUAAACGAAAAGCAGCCGCUACUGCAUCAGAUAGCUAUGACUCGCAAUCAUCGAAUGCCAAUAAUCAGGACCAUUUACAGUCAAUGACUGAUAACAUUACUGACGCUAAUACAGGUUCCAUGAUAAAAAAGCGAAAACUAAACGACGACAAAGACACUCUGACAAUCAACGAGGGUGAUGAGAAUUGACAAAACACCCUCGAUUCAACAUUAUUUCUCAUUGAUUAAAAUUGAUAUUGUUUUUUUAUAUAUAUUUAUAUGCGCAUGCAGCGAAUCGAGAAAACUGAGUGAAAACGAAAAAAAAAAAGAAAUAGACAAAAGAGAUAAGCUAAGUUAAUAGACAAAAGGAAAAUAAAAAAAAAAGAAAUUAAGAAUGGAUUUAAGACAGAAUUUAACAUUUAUUUAUGAUAUAAUAAAUUUUAACUACAUCGUGCCAAAUUUAUGUUCUGAUCAGUUUUUACUAGAAUAUUAUUAGUUGAAUUUUUUUAAUUUGAAAAGAAACAUACAAGUGAGGGUGACAGAAAGAAAUUAAUAGUACCAAUUGGUACUAGUAGCACAUAAUUGUUUAUCUAAUCGAUGUGAUGUAAGAUCUAGCGUAAAGAUCUAAAAAAAAUUAUUUAGAUGAAAAUGAAAACGAAAAUUGAAAACGAAAUUUAUGUACAUUUACGGCUCUUUUUUAUGCAAACAGGCAAAAUCAUAUAUAUAUAUAUGUAUACAGCUGAAACGAUAUGAAUUGAAAAAUAAAUAUUUUUUAUAAAAAAAAAUCAAAUGAAGCGAAAUGAAUUGAGAGAUAAAUAGAGUUAUAAACAUUUAAAAUGACACAAAAGAUAGACGAUCAAGCUUUUGACCAUAUCAAAAUUAAACAAGAAAAAAAAUAGAACACACGCAAACAAUAACAUCAAAAAAUUGAAAAAUUGAAUUUUACAGCAGCUAAGGUUAUAUACACAGAGAAAAAAAUAGAGAUAGAAAGAACGAGAGAGCGAUACACUCACUUACAUACAUAAUGUUUUAUUGAAGUUUACAAACAUAUUCUUUCUUAUUUUGAAACAAAACAAAACCACAUACGAAAGUAUAGACGAUGUUAUUAUUUUUUGAUAAAAGUAAUAUUAUAUUAAAUAUAAA